AUGCAUCUACAGGAAGAGUUCAGUCCGUCGUUGGUGGUGACUGUUAACUGGGUGAUGAUCAUCGCCACAGGGUUGGAGUAUUUGGACAACUUCCUGGUGCUGGACAAUUCCACCACUUCCUCAAACGAGUCUGUCGGACACAUUGGUGACUUUGGGGAGGAGACCGAGGAGGCCGAGUCUGUACGCAGAGCCAAAAACAAACGGAAACGUCGCCAAGAGGAGGAAGAGGCGGAGCCUGUGGAGAGUAAAAAAGACAGAGUUGUCGUGAUCAGUCGACGAGAGCGAGUGAGGGGGCUUCCAUCCUACUGUAUCCUAUCAGAGUUUAGUCAGAAAGGACCCGUGGAGAACAGCGCAUCGGGCGACAGAAGGAAGAAGUUCACCGUCCAAGUGUGUCGAGAAGUCUAG